AUGGCGCUCGAUCUUCAUGACAAGAUAGACAGCUUGUUUGCCGAGUGGAGCGAAGUUGUGGAUCCAAGUGAUGCCUUGGGGGAGCUCCUCCAAGACAAAGAUAACUCCCGCGCCUUGUUCCAUAGCCUGAGACGCCAGCUCAGAGCGAUCCGCAAGCGGUCCCAGAAGCCCGAGGAUGGCCAAGUCAACAUCUAUGAUUCUGCACUUCUCCGUCUCUAUGAUCAUGGGCACAGCAUGCAGCAUUACGGUCUGUUUGAAUUCUACAUGGCCGAGUUCCUCGGAACGAAGAGAUGCAAAACAGAUGGUGAGAUCAAGGCUGUCCUCGCAGCUCAACUCGCAGCCCAGCGUAUCUUGGAGGAAGGCAAGUUGACCCGCAAGCAUCAUCCCACAUCAAUUGAUGUCCCAUCUAAUAUCACCAAUCAGGCCCGAUUGACCGAAUUCCCCUUGUUUCGGACUCCGAUACCAUUCAAAAGGAAACGAAAUCCUGCAACUGCAAUCAAAACGAACAGAGCGGAUGACUACGACGUUCUCAAGAUGGACGACAGCCACUACAAGCAAACCGAAAACGUCCGCUUCCUUCGCGAUACUGCCGAGAACCUCUUGCGUUUCCUGCAGCAUGAAGACAAGGAUCAUCCUCUGAUCGAAGAACUUCUGGAUACCGUGAGGUCCAGCCAGGCUCGCGCGACCAAGCUCGCUGGUGGACGCAAACGUAAGUUUGAAUACGAACGAAGCGACUAUCGAGACGGGUACAGUCCUAGCCCCAGUCCCUACCGACCCAGCGGAUACUAUGGAGAGUACAACGAUGGAUGGGAGCGGGAGAGAUACGUGGAUCGCUAUGUUCCGCAGACCUCACGGGGUCGUGCACCAGACAUCUACCGUCCUUAG